AGAGGUUAUUUAGGUAGAUGUGAAGGAGGCGAGUCAGGAGUCAGGUUCAAACAUCCGCUGGUUUAUUCUCUCUUAUUUGACGGUUUUUCUGAAACCAUGGAGAACGAUAGCGAAGAUGAAGUCUUUUUUGGACCUAUUACGGAGAGAGAGGAACGAAUCGCAGAAAAAGUUCGCAACAGACGGACAGAAGUUUACGUCCGUGGACCUGUGUUGAGACGUCGAUCAUCUGUUCCAUCGCUUGCAUCCCUAGAGGAGAUAGAUGAACAAGGGCGUUACAGUGCAUACAGGGAUUCUAUAUCUGUGGAUGAACAAGAUCUUGCUGGCCACCCCUCAGCAGCAGCUCAUGUGAACAGCUUUCAUAGAAGCUUACCUCAGUUAUCUUAUCCUGCAUUGGAUACACAGUUGAAGAACCAGGAACCAUUAUUUGUGUUUUCCCAUUCCAGCAGAGAAGUGAAGGAGUGUUCUGAUGAUGGAAGUACUGAUGUCAGUCUGUGUGUGGCAGUCGGUGAAAGUGAUUCUCAGAAAUCAUUUGGCUGGGAGACUUCAUCAGAAAAGCUUAGUUUAUCAUCUAGGCCUGAGAGCCUUGUCACCAGUUAUCCUGAGAGCCUUGUCACCAGCUGUCCUGAGAGCCUUGUCACCAGCUGUGACAGUGCUCUUCUUAGUAACACUCACUCUGAAGUGUCUGAUGAAGAACACAAGGAUUUCACCAAUGUGAGUGCUAUUUCAGGGGACACUGUUGAUUGCUAUUUGAAAUCCUCAGAGUUUCAACUGAGUUACAUUUCUGACUGUAAUGCAUGGGAAGACAGGAAUGUCAUCGACAAACAUGCUAAUAACCCAGUGGAGUUUAUGCCACGACAAGUUACUGAGUCUGAGCUUGUCACAGCAAGUGAAAGUGUUAUGACAUGGGGAACUGCUGAUUGCUCUUCCAAGUCUUUACAGCUGGGUGACUUGGCAAACUGUAGUGUACAGGAAGAAGCAAAGACUGCCAAGAGUCCUCUUAAUAACUUAGUGGGUUGUUUACAAAGUCCUUUCAGUAAGGAGAGGAUUGGCACAAAUAGUCAGAGCCUUAUGUCAAGGGAACCUGUUAAUUGCUUUUCCAAGUCCUCAGAAUUGCAGCUGGGUGACAUCUCUGACUGUAUUUCUCAGGAGGAUGCACAAGUCGACCAUAUUCCUUCUGUUGGCCCAGUGGAGUAUUUACCUAGUCGAGUUAGUAAGGAAGAGAGCAGCACAAGCAAAAAGUGUGUCACAGUAGUAACUUUGGCUGAGGAGGAAAAGACUAAUCCAAGGGCUACAUUCAAUAUGAGAGAGAAUGUGCCUGAUGCCACAGUCAGUAUAAAUAAUGAUGGGUUUAAUGAUCAGGUAGAUGAUGCAAGUAACUCAAAUACACAUGUCCCUGAGGAACCCAGUGUUGUCACUAGUGAAAGUGUUGUGUCACAACGAUCUAUUGCUGGCUUUUUAAAAUCAAUAGAAAGACAAAUACGGGAUCUAGCAAACCAUAAUGAUCAGAGUGACAGGAGAGGCAACAUCGAGUCCCCGGGUACAAUUCCAGUGGAGCAUUUGUCACUGCCAGUUAGUCAGGAAGUACCGUUGACUAGAAGAGAGGAAGUUUUUGUGACAGCCCUAGUGGAGGAAGAGAUAAAGGAAGUGUUGAAGAGCAUUGCACAAGAUAAUGUAACACCAGUCACAGUCAGUGUGAGUGACAGAAGUAUAGAUCACUUGGUUAAUGUAAAGAAGCUUGAAUCAGCUGCUGAAGAAAAUAAGCACAAGACUUUAUCUAAAGCUAUAGAUAUCUUCGAACAGUCUCUUUCCUCUGAAGCAGUAAUUUCAAGAGAUAGUUUACAAGAGAUCACAGCAAGUGUGAAUGAUAAAAUGACUGAGAAUCAGUUAAAUAACAUAAAAAUACCUCAAGAAUCAGCCAUCAUUGAAGGAAGUUCAUGUGAGGUUGAAGAUAACAAUGUAGAUAUGAUGGAUCUUUCUCUUACUAAUGAAGUGGUCAUUGAAAGAGAGAAUUUACCACAGAUUGCAGUCAGUGUGGAGAAUAGUGGUAAUAGAGGUCUCCCCACCAUGAGAGAAAAUAAUGCAUGGGAAACUUUACAUGGAAAUGUAGUUAUGAGCAAACUGCAGGGCUCCAGUGCAUCAGAUGUUGCGAGAGACAUCAUUCCGCUUGUCACAGCCAGUGCGAAGGAAAAUAAGAUGAAAGAUGAUUGGGAUAUUGUGAAAGAGGUUCAAGAAUCUACCAUCAGAGAAAGACAUCCACGAGAGACUUCUCCUUCGAAUAAAACGGACACUGUGGAAGAAAGUGAGAGUAAAGAUCAGUUAAAUAUUGUAAAAAUGCUUCAAGAAUGUGUCAUCAGAGAGAAAGAGGUUGAUGAUAAUGGUAUGACAGCAAAUUUCACUCCUGGUGAAGCUGAUUCUGCUGAUGAUUUGCAUCAAGCUACCAGAGGUGAACAAACUUCGAAGAAAGAAAAUGACAGAUCAUCAGAUGUUCGUCAGAGUUAUUACAGUUCCCUGAAAAUCAUUAAUGUGGACAACAGCUAUAUAUAUGGAGAUUUUCUGACUGAAGAAAGCUUGCAAGAUAAUGGAGAUCACAGGCAGUGCCAUUCUUAUGAGAAGAGCCAGAGCUCAGAAGAUCUAGACAUCGAGAGCUAUGGCUCAGCAAACAAGGCUAUGGUUAUCUCUCGUUCAGACAACUCGGGAGAGUCUAUGCUACCAACCACCUCUCAUUCCUCAAGUGGCACUGUCUCUGAGGGUCAGCAUAUAUGUACUAGCAGUGAAGAAAGUCAGGAGUAUGCUAGUCCAGUGCAUGAGAAUUAUUUCUUGGAGACAAGUAAGACACCUCAGAAAUGCUGUAAUACCUCUACAGAUGACACACAAGCACUGCAGCAUGAAUCUCCUAGAUUUAAUGAUACUGUUGAAGAGAUGGAGAUGAUGCUGAAAUAUGGCAUCAAUUAUGGGGAAGCAAUACAGAAGAAAGCAGCCACAAUAGACAGCUCAGUUGAUGACACUAUUGUUGGUAUGCCCCGUAAUUCUAGUGUUUCCAGCACCAUUUCUAACUUCCAACCAACACUAGAAUCAACUCGAGAAUCGCCACAUCAAAAGCAUGUCAAACCUCCAGAAUGUGUUGAAAGCGUACGAACAAAGGCAAGUAUUUCAUGUUCUCCCUACAAACCACAGAGUGUAACUAGGAAGGAGCCACCACCUAAGCCGCCUCGUAAUGUGUUUUCUCCUAGUCCCAAGAAACCCAUUUCCCUCUUAGCAUCAACACCAAACACACCUAAAUUUGAUAGUACACAUUCAAAUGAAGUAAGAGCAAAACAGCCUCACAAUAGGUUAAUUUCCCCUAAGAAAGGUUGUCAUGGUUUCAAAGGAACACCAGUACAACAAGGCACUGUUGAUAAACCAAAAAUAUUCACUCGCAAACAUUCCCCUGCCAUCAAAUCCAAUGAACGGCCAGCAGUCCAACGGCUUCCCUUUCGGGGUUCAGGCUUGACUCGUUCAGGGUCAUUAACAAACAUUAGGAAACCUUCAAACCUUUACCAGUCACCAGGCAGAACACCAAUAAUUCCUUGUUCAGUAAGUAGAAUUCAUCCUCGGACUCCUGUGUCAAGACACAACACUCCAGCACGCCUGCAGUCCCCUUCUACUAUAUUUGGCACAAAACCUGGAUCAUUUUCGAGUCUUCCACCCCAUCCAACACCCCAAAAAGCUUCCAGAAAAUUACUAAAACAAACUCCCACUCCAGGAACCAAACUUCCUGCACAGACAAGAGGUAAUAUAGUAAAUAAGACACCAUCUCCUGCAGUAUCCAGGGACUUCAAACGCUUCAAGCCAAGACUGAACAUAGAAAGUCCACUUGCCAAGUGCCUGCAAGUGAAUCCCGCGCCUACACUCCUCGUAAACGUUAAACCUCGCCAUAAUAUCAGUCCCCAAAAAAUGCAGAAAAAAUGUUUACCUGUGAAGAAAAUUGUUGAGGCUGGUGACAACCACCAUGGGGAUAGUGGGAAAUGCAACUUGGAGCAGCAACAGCAGCUGCAACUGCAACAGCAUCAUCAGCAGCAGCAGCGACAGCAACAACUGCCUCCUAAAUUUUGUGAAGAAAUUGAAAACAGCUUCAUCCAAAGAGAGACAGCUCUCUCUAAUAUCCAGGAUAAUCUGAAUAAAUUAGAAUUAAAGAUGAAGAAUAGCCAGGUGUUAGCAGGGGAAGAGAGCACACCCAGCCAGCCAACACUUGUCAACAAGGAAGACCAGAUUCUACCUGAUGUUAUGUACUCUUCGGCUGUCCCUGUCUUAGUGAAUGAGGAAGCGAACAAGGAAAACGAGAGAUUGCGUCGCCGCAUGGAGAUGUUAACGGACAAGCAACCUGCGCUGGUGUCAAAGCAUAAAGGCCGGAUGAAGAUGCCGAAAGUCGCAUUCAACAUUCCACCCAAGGGAUCCACUAGUCCGGUAUACAAGAGGGAAGAUGUGUCUUCUCCUCGGUCGUCUGCUGCAAGAGGCUCGCUGUUGGAAGUAUCGCUCUAUGAAUCUCAUGAAGCCCAUUACACCAACACACUUCGGUAAAUGUGAAGUCCUGGGAUUGUUUAAUUUUGGAAUAAUCAUCAGUUGUUUUUUAAUUUGUAUAGGGCACCAGACAAAAUUAACCAGUACACUUUAUUUUACGGUUCUUGAUUUUUUUUUACUACGCAUGUAUUUGCAAAUUGCAUACGGUACAUUUUGUAUGUUAGUUUUUUUAUAGAGAUGAAAUUACUUUGUUGCUUACAAGCUUCACAUGAUUUAAGUGAAAGGUGAUUUAAUUCCACUAAUGGAAAUAUGUGAUAAUUAUUUUUCUUAGCAAUACAGUAUGUAUUUCAGGUAUGCAUGAAGGGAUUUUUGUAUAAUAUAAUAAGGGUAUUUUUCUGAUGCAUUCUACAAUGUUAUUUACAUGAGAGAAGCUAAGCAUAACAAAAUUUGUAUUACACUAUUUUAAAUAUAGAAAGUUGAAGUGAAAUGUUUUGAAGUAACACCAUGCAAGCAAAUGUAUACUAUUAUACAGUGGACCCCUGGUUUACAAUCAGCUUCCAAUACAACCAAUUAUGUAAGUGUAUUUAUGUAAGUGCGUUUGUAUGUGUAUGUUUGGGGGUCUGAAAUGGACUAAUCUAAUUCACAAUAUUCCUUAUGGGAACAAAUUCGGUCAGUACUGGCACCUGAACAUACUUCUGGAAUGAAAUAAUAUCGUAAACCGGGGGUCCACUGUACAAACAAUAUACAGUGGAAGCUCGGUUUUCGUAUGCCCUUGUUUGUAUGUAAAACCAUAGUUAUUCUCUAUAAAAUGUAUUUUUUGUUAAUAUUUUUGGGUGUCUGGAAUGGGGUAAUUGGAUUUACAUUCCAGACACCCAAAAAUAUUAACAAAAAAUACAUUUUAUAGAGAAUAACUAUAGUUUUACAUACAAAAUAGGGCAUAUGAUAACCGGGGUUCCACUGUAUAUAUCAAAUAUGAAACAGGGUUGUAGGGACAAAUCUAAAAAUCACGUAGUAGAAGGAAAUGCAAGAAAGGAUCUUCUCAUAACAUUGGAGACACUGAGCAUAGAUUGUUGCAGAGCCAGGAGGCACACAGCCUGAGAAAGUUGUAAGAGGAAGACCCUUAGUCCUGGUUGUGGGAAGAAGAGUGCCUGCACUAAAGCAAGGGUGAGAAGGUUGCAGAUUGGAGGUCAUUUGAAUUUUAAUGUCUGUGUGUAUUUAGCAAAAGAGUUAUUGAAUGUAUUUAUUUUUUUCCUACCCGUGGGUACUAUCCUAGUGCAGUAUAUUAAAAAUUCUACAAAAUCUGGACUUUCUGAAUAUGAUUGAAUAAUGCAGGGACUGAGCAAAUACCAAUCUCUACCAAUUAUGUAAUGAUUGUUAUCAUACAUAGGGCACAAUUGGUAGUCUGAGAGUCUGGCAUACUCCUGCUUCCAAUGUCUGUCUUUGCUUUUUCUCCUUGAAUUUAAAAUGUCUGUAAAUCUGAGAUUGCACAGAGGCCUUCCAUUUAUGACCUUUUCAGGAUUCUGCUAUAUUCUGUUAUAGUCUGUUCCUCUGUUGCCUCAGUAUGCUAUGAUAAGCAACUUCAGUGUUAAGUAAAAGGACACAAGUGCAACUAAUGUGACAUUUAUUGUGGCAACGUUUCGCUCUCCAGGAGCUUUAUCAAGCCAUUACCGUAAUGGCUUGAUAAAGCUCCUGGAGAGCGAAACGUUGCCACAAUAAAAUGUCACAUUAGUUGCACUUGUGUCCUUUUACUUUACAUAUUGUCGGUAAUUCUACCACUUUAUUGCAACUUCAGUGUUACCUGGAGUUUACCUGGAGAGAGUUUCGGGGGUCAAUGCCCCCGCGGCCCGGUCUGUGACCAGGCCUCCUGGUGGAUCAGCGCCUGAUCAACCAGGCUGUUGCUGCUGGCUGCACGCAAACCAAUCCUAGAACUGCUUCAUAUUUAUGACUUUUUUGCAUGUAAGCUAGUAUUGCAGGAUGCUAGUUUGAAGUAUUCCAUUUUUGCUACAUGUUUUAUAUCCUGAUUUAGCAAUUUUCAAGUUUUUCUCAUGUAAAUAACAAAAGUAUUUUUCCACUUGUUGUGUAAUCUUUGGUAUAAUUCACAACUAAUCCAGAAAUUAUAGAUGGAACUAGACAGUGCUGUUUAGAGUCAUGGUAGAGACCACCCUACAAGCUAGUCCUCUGCCAAGGCUUCUCUGUUUUAAUCUUCACAGAUGCCUUCUUGAAUCCAUCCAUGCACACAGUAUUCCUAAAAUUGAUCUUAGCCUUGUUUCUGUUGGUGAUUGCCCUUCUUAGAAUCUUUGUGUGACCUAAUUUUGUCCCUCUUGCCUGACUGACCUAAACUUGGCCGUCUCGUGACCUUGCUUUAUCUUACUUGACUUUUGACUUUCAUCUGUUUUCUUUUAUAACUACAUAAUGAUCUAAGACAUUGAAACAUGAUGUAGACUCUUUUCCAAAUUAUGGGUUGCAAAUUUUUCAGUCCAUGGUAUUGUUUUCUUCUUGUGACAUGUUCAGAUUUAAUUUUCCUUUCAUUCAAAACUCUGUGAUACACAUAUAACCUGGUCAUAGGAGAGAGGAGCUUACAACGAUGUUUUGGUCCGAUUUGGUCCAAGUCGGACCGAAACUUUGUCAUGAGUUCCUGUCUAUGUGUAGGUUAUUUGUGUAUUGUUCCAAUAACGGUAUUGUGCCUCUUUUUUCCCCUGUGAUAAACAUAGAAAUAAUUACUAGUCUCCUUAAUAUAGUUGGGGCAUAAAAACAUUGUCUUCUAUAUUACUUAUCUUUGACAUAAGAUGUUGUACAGAUAACUGGUGAAACAUGCAUCCAAAAUAUUAUUACCGGUGAACCUCUAGUAUCAGCAUUCUCACUUGGAUAUGGUCAGUUUUUAAAUGCUGUAUGGAAUGUAUGAAGAAAUAUCACAAUGAAAAAUUAAAUCAACUGAGACACUUAAGUACUUUUGUGUUGAUACACUUAUUUCUCACUGAUAUUUUUCAUAUUUUUAGCUAUGCAUAGUAUAGUGAUGUUCUUCACAUGUUGUGUAUAUUCAGCAUAUUCUUGUGGAACUUACUUAUGUCUUAGGAGACAUAAUGUUAGUUGAUGUUUCAGGCCAUCCAGGACUGUUAAGUCCUGGAUGGCCUGAAACAUCAUUAUUAACCCUUAAACUGUCCAAACAUAGAUCUACGUUUACAUGCAUAGCGCUCCAAAAGUAGAUCUACGUUUUUUUACAUGGUUUCAAAUAUAAAAAAAAAGAUCUAAGUUUUUUCCGUACUUUCAAAUGUAAAAAUACAUAGAUCUACGUUUGGACAGUUUAAGUCCUGGAUCAUUAUUAAGCAACAAAUUAACCGAGUUAAUUUGUUGCUUAAUAAUGAUACAGAAUAGACUGAAAUGUCUUUGAAGUUUCCUAAGUAUAUGAGAUAUUUGUAAAUCAUCCCACUCAUGGUAUUGUGACUAGUAUUCUUCUCUAUGGAAUAAUUAAUAUAAAUCAUAUAAGAUACUUUACAUUUGCUAGCUUUCAUAAUUGAUCUACUGGUAUAUCAGUCAUAUAAAUAAGGAAUCACAGUUCUCUAAACUUUAAGUCUUAAGUAAAAACGGAAAAUUUUUUUUGGAAUUCUAUGAAUUUUGUUUUACUGUACUACUAGUGAGCCAUUAUUAUUUUUUCUUGUGUAGUAUAAAAUGGUAAUUUCUUUAUCACUGAAUAAAUAUUUCAUAAA